UGGGGGCUGAUAGGGGAAGUGCGGCGUCUUCGUUGUGUUUCUGGUGCCGCCAUUGUCGUCUUAAGGGACAAGUUAAAACUUCCUGUUCAACAUAUCUAGCCAAAGGCAGACCCUUUUUCUAGGAUAAGGAAGAUGGUUAAGCAGACUAUUCAGAUCUUCGCCCGAGUCAAGCCUGCGAAGAGAAGCACCGCGGUAUACUCAGUGGACCAUGAUGAACAUGGCAGCUCUAGCGUGGAGUUCCUGGUUCCUCGAGACCUUGCAGAUGGCUUCAUCAACAACAAAAAGGAGAGCUACAGGUUCAGGUUUCAGAAAGUCUUUGAUCAAGGAGCCAAACAGGAGGAUAUUUUUGAGAACAUUGCCAAGCCAGUGGCUGACAGCGUGCUGGCGGGCUACAAUGGCACCAUCUUUGCUUAUGGCCAAACGGGCAGCGGAAAGACCUUCACCAUCACUGGGGGGCCAGAGCGCUACAGUGACCGCGGCAUCAUCCCACGCACCCUCUCCUACCUCUACCAGCACUUCAGCAAGGACAGCAGUAAAGUCUAUACUGCCUACAUCUCCUACCUUGAAAUCUACAACGAUUGUGGCUAUGACCUCCUGGACCCCCGGCACGAGGCAGCCCGCCUGGAAGACUUGCCGUGAGAAAGUGACCAUCAUGGAGGACCCAGAGCAGAACAUUCACCUGAAGAACCUCUCAAUCCAGCAGUCAGCCAGUGAAGAGGAGGCUCUCAAUUUGCUUUUCCUGGGUGACACCAAUCGGAUGAUUGCCGAGACCCCGAUGAACCAAGCGUCCACUCGCUCUCACUGCAUCUUCACCGUUCACUUGUCCAGCCGGGAGCCCGGCUCUGCCACGGUCUGCCGCUCCAAGCUGCACCUGGUGGACCUGGCUGGCUCGGAGAGGGUGUCCAAGACUGGAGUGGGGGGUCAGCUCCUCACUGAAGCCAAGUACAUCAACCUGUCUCUACACUACCUGGAGCAGGUGAUCAUUGCUCUUUCGGAGAAGAAUCGCUCACACAUCCCCUACCGCAACUCCAUGAUGACCUCAGUGCUGCGGGACAGCCUGGGUGGAAAUUGCAUGACUACGAUGAUCGCGACGCUGUCCGUGGACAAGCGGAACAUUGAUGAGUCCAUCUCCACGUGUCGAUUCGCACAGAGAGUGGCGCUCAUCAAGAACGAGGCCCUGCUCAAUGAAGAGCUGGACCCAGCACUGAUGAUCCUGCGGUUGAAGAAGGAGAUCCAGUCGCUGAGAGAGGAGCUGGCCAUGGUGACCGGAGAGCAAAGGACUGACCAGCUGACUGAGGAUGACUUUCACAUGCUGCAGGAGAAGGUUGCGCUCUUCCUGCAAGACUCUGACCCUGAGGCUGCUCUGGAUCUGGGUCCUGACCUUCGCAAAAUCCAGCACUGCUUCAGACUGCUCAAGGGGAUGGUGACAGAGCAGCAAUGUAAUCAGGGCAGAGGAGAUGAGCACCCUUCUUCCCUCCACCAGGCUGACCAGAAGGACCAGGAUUGUCCCACUCCUAUGGAGAUGAAGAGACUGAGAGAACUGCUGCAGCAGAGGGACAAUGAGAUCACUAUACUAGUGAAUAUGUUAAAGAGAGAGAAGAAGAGAGCUCAGGAUGCAGUUUCUCAGCUGGAGCUGGGCUCCAAUGGCUUCGUGAUCUCUCGGAGCUCCUACCGCACAUCAGAUGCGGAGAACGCUGAGGGCUCAUGGGAGUCGUCCAAUCCAAGACAGACCAGCGGCAGCAUCUCUUCUGUCAGCACAGUACCUCACCCGCUGCACAAGAGGAGAGAGGUGGAGAUGUCACUGGGACGGAAAGAGGCUUUUGAGAUAUUCCGGAGGGACCAUGAGGACAGAAUCAACAUUGAGGACAACAAGGCCCUACUCAAACAGAGGUUUGCUGAAGCCAAGGCCUUGGGGGAACAGGUGAACAAGGCCAGGGGUAGAGUCAAUGAACUGAAGGCUCAGCUGGAGCAGCGAAGGACACGGAGGGCGGCUCAUGGGGUGACUGGCGGCACUGCAGACCCGGCUGAAACUGACCCAGUGGAGGAGCAGCUCCGCGCUCAAAUCGAGGAGGAAAAGAAGAAUUACAAGGCCACCUUCGGCAGGCUCAAGGCGCUGAAGACCGAGAUCGAACACCUGCAGCUGCUCCUGGAGCGGGCCAAGGUGAAACUGCAGAAGGACUUCGAGGAGUGGUGGUCCGAGGAGGCAUACAGAUUGCAGCAGGCGCCACCAUCGGAAGGACUAGGUCAGACUUCAGGGUGGACUCCCCAAGAAGAUGCUCCAAGAUUCCAGCCCAAGCCUCUCAUCACCAGGGAGUCCAGCGUAACUAGUGGUGCUUCUGAGAAAGAGUUCCCAGUGAGAGGAGUGGCGGAGCCCUACAGCCCUUCUGCUAGAGAUCUGAGGAACUUUAACCCAAGUUUAUCUUCUACAUCCAGGGGUUCAGCAGACAGAAGCGCUUUAGUUAGUCAAUCAUCUUCAUUGUCAUCAGAACUAAGGACCCCGGGGUACACAGAGUCCUCCAUCCCGCUGACGGGAGACCAGCAGACCGACGCUGACAUCCUGGCCUUUGUGAGGGCCAGGCAAAACCUUCUGCAGAGGACAGGAUCAUCUCAUCAAUGAAAGCUAUGAUACUGGCAGUGGAAGUGCUUCCCACAAGCUCUCCCUCAGGCCUAGUCCCUCCCCGGAGCAUUGUGCUGGACAGGGGCAUCUCUGACAGGACACUGCAGCUGCAUGAGUUGGGUGUGAGGUGCCAGAGUCAUGCCAAAGGCAGAAGAACUACACCAUUCCUGAACAGCUUUGGAGAACACGACAGUGCUACACUUUUACCAGGGUUUACACCUUGUACCUGAGAAAGAAAGACAUCUUUGCCAUUACUGCAUAUUUUGGCAUCGCCCCUCUGUUCCCCUAUCCUCAAUGUUGAGGUUUCUGGCCUUGGGCAUACUUCUUAAUUACCAUUUGAGAACGUACUAAAAGCUACAAAUGCAAAGACGCCAUUCUGAGGAUCUCAUCUGGCUAUUUUUUGAUGGAAGCCGAAGGGUCAGCUUCAACCAGGUAGUUGGGUAGCGUUGUUCCAGACUCCCACAAUCCUUUGCAUAAAGAGGUGCCUCCUGUUCUAAGAUUCAAAUGAAGUGUCAGUUAGUUUCAACUUGUCUUCUGGGUUGUGUCUCGAUACUCAUUUGGAAGUAGCAGAUCUUGGAAAGCAUUAAGAACAGUCUAAUGCUAAAAUGACAGUCACGCCUACAGGUCAGCUGUUGAGGACCGUGCUUGGCCUUUGUGUUAAAAGUCCUCAACCAAUGGAAGAGAGCAGAAGACGGGAGAAAGACUGAUGUCAAAACAGCGUUCUUGGCCAGUAGGCUGCCACUGGAAUUACUAAACAGUGCAGAGAAAUUUGGAACUCAGUUGCUUCAUUUUUCUGCUAAGAGGCAAAUGUCUGCAGAAUUCAUCAGGACAGGAGUGAGUUCCUACUUUCUAAUGCUGCCUGAGCUGAUGGCAUAAAAUAAGAGAAUUGUAUUAUUUUGUAUUAUUUCAGAAGGGUAGCUGCGUCAGCAUGCGUAGGCUGCAAAGGA